ACACUCUUCACCCCAAAAUUAAAAGAAAACAAGGUAACCAAUUAUCCAUAAUGGCUGUUCACAAAAAAGUUAAUUUCCUUGGUUUCUUACUUGUUUUUGGAUUAAUGUUUUUCCUUGUAAGUGCAACAAUAGACCAUGAUCAAGACCACAAUCACGACUACGAUACCAAGCCUUGUACCAGAGAAUGCGGUAAUUUCAGCUAUGGAAUAUGUCCACGUUCAGAAGGAAGUCCAAAAAAUCCCAUAUGCACCACAUGUUGUGCAGGCUACAAGGGUUGUAAUUAUUACAGUGCUGACGGAACUUUGAUUUGUGAAGGAAAAUCUGAUCCAAGAAAGCCAAACGAACAUUGUCCUCGGGACUGUGAUCGUAAAAUUGCUUAUUCAAAGUGUUCCCGUUCAGAAAGAAAGACGAUAAUUAAACCCACGGGAUGCACCACUUGUUGCACGGGGUACAAGGGUUGCUACUAUUUUGGUAAAGACAACAAGUUUGUCUGUGAAGGAGAAAGUAUUGAACCCAAGGCUUGUACUCAAGAAUGUGACCCUAAAGUUGCUUACAUGACUUGCCCAACUUCUGGAUCAACCAAACUUACUCGAAUUUGUGUCAACUGUUGUACCGCAAAACCGGGAUGCAAACUCUAUAGUUAUCAUGGAACUUUAAUUUGUAUCGGGAAUCCUAAAAAUCAUUAAUAAUUAAUCCUUAUAAUUAGGGAGUCAAUGCUUUCUAAUCAAUCUAUAAUAUGUACUACUAGUAGUCUAUAUAUAUAUGAAAUAAAAGUAUGACGAUAUGCAUUGUCACGCUAAUCUCUGUAAUGUGGGUGCAAGAAAUUAAUAAAAUCACUAGCUAAGUUUUACUUC